AUGCAGGUGUUAGGCUCACUAAGGGGUUCUUCUUCAAACCAAUACCCCGACAUCAAUGGUGGGAAUAUCAGCGAGGGCUCCUCAACGCAUUCAGCCCUCCUUGGUAAUCGCAGGCAGAGUUUUCCUCGUGGUGUUGUGGAAGAGGCUUCUACACUUCAGGAGGAAACCACUAGUAACAUCACGAGCAAUGUCUUACUAGUCCUCGAGAAAUACCGACUCCAUGCUCCCCGAGGCAAGAAUCAGCCUUUAUGCGCGGUAAACAAGUUUGUAUCACAAAUUAAACACCUUAUUGCCCAGGGAGAACCAAUCUCUAUGGUUCUUCCCGCCUUUCCCUUCAAAUCCGCGAACAAAACUACCAAGGUUCUAGGGGCCCUUCCUGAUAAAGGAGAAGAGAUGGCGUUGAAACACUUAAACAACAUGUGCCAGGAAAUUGGAAAAUAUUAUAAGAAUGGUGCCCAGCUCUAUAUUGUUUCUGACGGUCUCGUUUACAACGGUGUUUCAGAUGAAGAAGUCUGGCGUUAUGGGCAAGCGCUGCGACAACUAGCCCGGGAACAAAGCUGUGACAAUAUUGGUUUCUCUCGACUCUCCGAUCUCCUUAAUGAUGACACGCUCCCAGAGCCGCUUUCAGAGGCAGAGUAUGUGAAAUACGCUCCCAGAUUUCGAGAACAAACUUUGCAAAGAUAUCUUCCAAGAGACUUUGAUGUCGUCAAAGCCAUUACGAAUGAUCCAGAUAUAAAUUCUACCUAUUGCGGAUAUGUGAAAUUUCUCAAUCUAGAGUUGGCAGAUACUUUGCUGAAAGACCAAAAAAUGACGACGACACACAAGAUUCGAUGCUGUAAGCAGGUAGCCAGGCACAUGAUCACUCGAGGCAAGGCAUUUGCCGAUGCAAUCCUUCAUAGAUUUCCUGAACACAUACGACUCUCGAUCCAUGCGUCGACCGAUACAAAGAAGAUCUCAGUCUCAUUGAUACCACAAACAGGCUCUUUGAGCAUGACACCGUGGCAUUCGGCCCUUGUAUAUGCUAGCGAUGGGUCUAUAUCCAUGCAGCAUGCUGGCACAGUCUCAACCGCCACUCAUAUUUUAGUGAGAGAAGAGGGGCAGCCGUAUUAUUUUAGAGAGGACCUACCCACGUAUGCGGCUUCUAGUUCUACGAGCUUGACUAGCAAGCGACCCAUCAAACUCCAAACGCCAGGCAACCAUCUGUGA